UGAAGGUGCCUUAGCUGAUACUGAGAAAGCUGGUUCGAUGGAGUCCAAUAGUAUGCCUGGUAUACCUGAUGGGAAAGAUAUUUGCAGAGGAGAAUCAUCCUUAGCUACGGAAAGGGUUGUCAGUCACCAGGAAUAUGGCCAAGGAGUGAUUACUGGUACAGGACGAACUACUACAAGGAAGAGUAGGAAAGAGAAAAGUAAAAACAAAAACGCUAGUUCUAACAAUCUAGUUGCAGUGAAAGAUUCUAAAAUGUUAGUCACAGAAACUUCCUCCUCUAUUACUUCACAAGAUGAGGCAGCAAAGUAUGUGGCAUGUGAUAAUUCAUCCAUCCAAAAUGUUUCCAAGGGUAAUGUAAAUUGUGGUGGCAUCCUGACCUUAGAUACAAGUUCUUGCCGUUCUGCUAAUGAGCCUGCUACUGAAAUUAUUGCUGCUCAAAGCAUACAAGAAGAUCAUGGGGUUGUUUCCAAGGAUCCAGAAUGUCACACGUUAUCAAAUGGUAGGAUAGAAAAUCAAACUAAACCUUCUGUAGAAGAAGCUAUAAACUGUAAGGUAGAAUGUAAUAUAAUGCCUCAUGUUAAGCCUGAUAAGGAGCUUGAUAGUGUUCUAGGCAAUGGAGGCAUCACAUUUCAGAAUUCCUUUCAUACAAGUAAAACUGAGGUAAAAUCAACUUCUCCUGAAGUCGGUACUCUUGAUGUAGAGAAGGAAUGUGUUUUGAAUCAAGAUCAGGAAAACGAAAAUUUAUAUGAUACUGCUCCAAAAAGCUCUUUAGAAUGUCUUUCUUAUGAGUGGCCUAGUGUAGCACCUGUUUAUUUUCCUCCUAUUAGUUCACAUCUCCCACCUGCCACUGAUAGAUUGCAUCUAGAAGUUGGUCACAAUUGGCAUAACCAUGUCCGUCAACCUUUUGUCCCCACAGUGCAUCAGGCUAGAAAUUCCACCAUUGAAGGUGGAUGCAACCAAAUUUUGUCGCAGCCUUUGACAAUGAGUUUAGAUUGGCCUCCAAUGGUAAGAAAUGUUUGUGGAAUUGCACCUUCAGUGACUUGUAAUUAUGAUUCCGGAUUUGUCUCUGCACGGCAGUCUGGCUUUCAGCAUAGUUUUGCUCCUAAGAGUGUGCAGUUUAAUGCAAAGACCACUGAUGAUGAGAGAAAGAAUCCUGGGGAUUUCACAGACUUGCCUGAGCUAUCAACCACCCAGGAAUCAGCAGAUGAUUGUGACAGUCACUGGAUAUCUGAGGAAGAACUUGAGUUGCAUGCAGUUUCUGGGUUAGAUUACAAUCAGUACUUUGGUGGUGGUGUCAUGUAUUGGAAUACUUCUGAUUUUCCAGGGACAGGUUUCUCUCGGCCUCCAUCACUAAGUUCUGAUGAUAGCUCGUGGGCUUGGCAUGAAGCAGACAUUAAAAGGGCUGUUGAUGACGUGGUUGCCUUCUCUUCUUCAUAUAGUACAAAUGGUUUGACUUCACCAACUGCUGCUUCAUUUUGCUCUCCUUUUGAUCCUCUAGGCCCUGGACACCAGGCAUUUGGUUAUGUUGUCCCAGGAAAUGAAGUACCUGGCAAGGUGCUUCAUCCAUCACCAACAACUACAGAUGCAGCAACUGAGGAGGAAGUCUCUGGGUCUUUGGCCAGUUUAUCUGGUGAUGUUGAUAUGAAGACUGGAGAUUCACUUUCUUGCUCCAUGUUGCGACCUAUUAUUAUUCCAAAUAUGUCAAGGGAAAGAUCAAGAUCUGAUUUUAGACGUAGUCAUGACCAUAAAAGCCCUUGUGUUCCUCCCACUAGGCGGGAGCAACCUCGGAUAAAGCGACCACCAUCACCUGUAGUGCUUUGUGUCCCUCGGGCUCCACGCCCACCUCCACCAUCGCCUGUGAGUGACUCCAGGAAAAACAGGGGCUUUCCAACUGUUAGAUCUGGUAGCUCUAGCCCAAGACAUUGGGGUGUGAGAGGUUGGUAUCACGACGGAGCUAUGCCGGAGGAAGCUUGUGUACGUAUGGAUGGUUCUGAAGUUGUUUGGCCUUCAUGGAGAAAUAAAAAUCUUUCAGCCCACCCAAUGAUUCAGCCUCUCCCUGGCACAUUGUUGCAAGAUCAUUUGAUUGCAAUUUCUCAGCUUACUCGGGAUCAAGAACAUCCGGAUGUAGCAUUUCCUUUGCUGCCACUGGAGUUACAGAACUGCCCUACUAGAAAGGCAUCACUCUCUUUGAUGCACAGCCUUCUUCACGAUGAGAUUGAUUCCUUCUGCAAGCAGGUUGCCGCUGAGAAUACAACUCGUAGGCCUUUCAUUAAUUGGGCUGUCAAGCGGGUAACUCGGUCUCUUCAAGUCCUGUGGCCAAGGUCAAGGACAAAUAUUUUUGGUUCAAAUGCAACUGGUUUGUCGCUUCCCACUAGUGAUGUGGACCUUGUGGUUUGUCUCCCUCCAGUGAGGAACUUGGAACCUAUCAAAGAAGCUGGGAUUUUGGAAGGUCGUAAUGGUAUUAAAGAAACUUGCCUUCAGCACGCAGCCAGGUAUCUUGCGAAUCAGGAGUGGGUGAAAAAUGAUUCUUUGAAGACUGUUGAAAAUACGGCUAUACCUAUUAUUAUGCUUGUGGUUGAGGUUCCACAUGAUCUGAUUACUUCUGCUGCUACUAAUGUACAAUCACCAAAAGAGGAGCCUGCUGAUACAACUGGAAAACAUGCCGACCAUGUUCACUCUGAUAUGAUUGGCUUAGAAGACUCUUCCUCGCCUAAGUGCUCGCAUUUAAAUUAUGAUAAUACAAAAGUUGUGACAUCUGUUCGUCUUGACAUUAGUUUCAAGUCCCCAUCACAUACUGGACUCCAAACUACAGAACUGGUGAAAGAGCUGACAGAGCAAUUUCCGGCUUCAGCACCCCUGGCUCUGAUACUAAAACAAUUCUUGGCAGAUCGUAGCCUGGACCAAUCCUACUCUGGUGGCUUAAGUUCCUAUUGCCUGGUUUUACUAAUUACACGUUUUCUACAACAUGAGCAUCAUCUUGGCCGGCCUAUUAACCAGAAUUAUGGAAGCCUUUUGAUGGAUUUUCUUUACUUCUUUGGGAAUGUGUUUGAUCCUCGCCAAAUGCGUAUUUCAGUGCAGGGAACUGGAGUAUAUAUAAAAAGAGAAAGAGGUUAUAGCAUUGAUCCAAUACACAUUGAUGACCCUCUUUUUCCAACAAAUAAUGUGGGGAGAAAUUGCUUCCGAAUACAUCAGUGUAUUAAGGCAUUUUCAGAAGCUUAUUCAAUUUUAGAGAGUGAGCUUGCGUGCCUGCCUUCUAAUGGUGAUUCAUGUUCAAGGCUGCCAUACAAAUUACUUCAAAAGAUCAUCCCCAGUAUCAAUUUAUCGUAGGGAUUUUGAAGAAUUCUUUCUGUUGGUAUCAGAAUCAAAUAAUAUUUCGAGAAGUUUGUUCAUCAGAAGUGAAAAAUACUUCAAGACGGCCACCCCCAAUGACUCUGGUUGAUAAUUACACAGAUUAUAAUUAUCAGGGUUUGACUUUUGGAAAUUGCAUUCAAUGCUGUGGCUGUGGUAGUGUUUGUCAUAUAAUAAGAAUCUUGAAUUGGAUUCUUCUCUAGUAUGGUUGGGCAUACCGGAUAAUGGUCCAUCUGUUUUACUACAAUUGGGCAUUUGAUAUGCAGUUUCAUCCUUUUGGUGGCUUUAGUGAUGUCUAGUUCAGUUCUGGUGUUGAUACUUAGCUGGAUAUCGUAGAAGGUAGUAAGACAACUUGAGCUAUAUGAUCAACAACUCCUACAUGUUUAAUGUGGAGCACUUAAGUACUUGGAGGGAAAGGAUUAGCAGGAGGUCGAGGGCAUGGAAAACACUGUAUAUGAGCCUUGAUCAUUGUAACUGAUGCCUCAAGUCUUUGGCUUUCAGAAGAAAUUUGUGCUGUCACUGAUCGGCAGUUUGAUAUCCAUGGAGUGGCUGAUAUAAGAAUUUGGUGACUGAGUUACAAUGGAGAUGUGGCUGGCACCUGGCAGAACACCAAGUUUCUGUGUUCUGGAGUUUGCUGAUCAGAUUUGUGGCUGCCUUCAUCUUCUGGAAGGUGAUGCAUAUGAGUAUGACUGUACUUUUCAGUGCCUGUUUGGUUUAAUGACAGAAGACAAGAUCUAGCCAAACGUGCUAAAAAAUGCAUGUUUCUUGGGCGCAUCUUAUUUCGUUGCUACCUUAAUUUGUGUUUUGAUGAAAGGUAUUGUAUUGCAGACUGUUACUAGGAUUUAACUUAUUAUCUUUCAUAUUCUCGCCUCCUCUUUGUUUGGGUCUACAGGUGAAGUGAUGUCAUGAAAGAUGAACCGCAUGAUUUUCGUGGUAGAUGAAGGAGGAUUGGACUCUGUUGAUACUGUGUUUUGUACCUGAAGUUGAGUGAGGAGGGGUAGAAUUUUUAAUGGGAAAAAAAAGUUGGGAUUGGCAUUGGCUACUGUGAGCUGACACAAAGGAUAUUCACCGAAGUGGGUAUUCCUUUCUAUUUCUAGUUUGUAGGAAACAAACCAUUUUGCUAUCUGAAAUAGAAGUAGAAAUAGUGCUUGACUGAAAUAUAUCAAAAUUGAAAUAUAUCAAAAUUUAACAGGAUAAGGACAUUUUUGUCACUUCAAUAUUUUAUUAAAUAUUUAUAUAAACCCAAUUUCUCUUCCUCAAACUAAAUCGCCACCGCGGAAUACGCAAGGCCGCCACCAUUGACCCUAGCUCCACCCGAAUUGGCGAGACUCCACUUCCGAUUUGCAAGACAAAACUA